AUGCCUGGUAUCUUGCCCAUGAAAGUGAUCAAGGUCGGUGGCACCGGGUCCCAAAGCCGGAUCGCCCAGGCCUGUGACCGAUGUCGAAGCAAGAAGAUCCGCUGCGACGGCGUCCGCCCCUGUUGCUCCCAAUGCGCCAACGUCGGUUUCGAAUGUCGAACAAGUGAUAAGCUCAGCCGGAGGGCCUUCCCUCGUGGCUACACCGAGUCCUUGGAGGAACGGGUGCGAGCCCUGGAAGGCGAAGUCAAGGAUCUGAAGAAUCUGUUGGAUGAGAAGGACGAGAAGAUCGACGUGCUCUCCCGCAUACAUUCCUUUUCACCCCCGUCGCAGAGAGCCGCCUCGAUUCGGUCUCCCUCGGCCUCUGCGCCGAGUAAUAAGUCGCCUAGUUCUGAAGCGGCAGAGGGAGUGGUGCAUGUUGCGCGAUCUAAAUUAAAACCGUCCCCUGAGAACCCUUAUACCGCUCUUUCAAGCACCCAGGGUUUUGCUGAUGUAUUCACCGAUAAGCUGGCCAGCCAGGAGAAGGUGACCAAGAAGAUCCCCACGACAGCCUUGACCAAACUGUCAACUCCCGUCUCCCGGGGCUCUUCCCAGCAAGUCGUCAAGACACCCCCGCGCUUGGUGUCGGACCAACUCAUCAACAUAUUCUUCCAGGAGUGGGCUUCCUUGUAUCCCGUCGUCCAUCGCCCGACCAUUCUGAAAGCAUACGAGCAAUUUUUGAACGGCUCGGAUUCUUUAAAACAAGAUGUGCACGCCAUAAUUCAGUUGAAUCUGAUCUUCGGGAUCGCGGCACUCUCUGCGAGCUCGAGAACCAAUCAAGACCCCACUUUCUUCGAAGAGAACUGGACCGGCGCUCUUGAUUCUCUUAUGGGAGAAAGCUCGAUCGGCGGCCUGCAAUGCUUCGUUCUGGCUCAAAUGUACUGCAUGACCAAGGGGGAUUACCGUAGUCUCCUUCGCUACCGAGCCUUGGCUGUGGACAUCUGCCAUCAGCUGGCACUAUAUGAGAGCCAGGGAAAAUGUGACCACCAACAUACUCGAGGCAGAAUCUCGCAAGAAGGUGUUCUGGUGCCAAUAUACUUUGGAUCGUCUUCUGACAAAUGCAGACUCUGUUCGGCUCUCACUGGACUGCCUGUCCUAUUGCGCGAGAGUGAUAUUCAGACUGAGUAUCCUGUUGAUGUGGACGACGAGAAUGUGACGGAAAACGGCUUUCUGCCAACUCUUCCCGGCGAGUCUACUCGUAUCUCAAGUGCCCUUGCGCUUUUCAGUGCAUCGAGGAUUCUCAACAAGACCUUGGAGGAUAUCUUUCCCUUGCGAUCUGGUUACGAUAUGUACGUUUCCAAGAUGCGUGUAGUGUCGGCGCAACUGGACGACUGGCUCCUUACGUUGCCGGCCCACCUUCGUCUAGAGUUCUCUCAGGAUAAACCCAGCACGAAUGUCACCAGCAGCAGAUCUCCGCUUUUGUCUCUUGUAUACUACUUCAUUCGGUCAUUGAUUCACCGCCCGGCUGUCUGCUACGCGGAAGAGAACUUGCGCUCUCCGUCUAUUUUGGCCAUGUCCGAUUCCUCUAAGCACAUCAUCCAGAUCCUCCAGCUGCUCGAUGAGCGACGACUUUGUCUUUCUAUCAGCAUCAACCGGAAGGAACUGGUCUUCCUUUCUGGACUGGGUCUUCUUUGGCAAACUCUGGGCCUGAAGCGAGACAGCAAGCUGGUCAAGGAGAGCCAGAAGCUGCUCGCGAAUGUCGUGGAGCAGCUCGAAUUAGAGUCAUCUGCGGCUGCUUCAGAGUUUAAUUCCCUUGCUAGCACUUUGGUUUUCCUUGAUACUGCCAAGCAGGCGCCCUCGGGCAAACAACCUCAGGAAAUGGUUGCCCCUGCCCAUAAGCCGUCGAAGUUCCCAAAGAAGCAUUUGCAGUCUCUCAAGUCUCGCCUCUCACCCAACGCUACCCGCGAACAGUCGGAGAAACAAGCAGCUGUUUCUCGACGCAACACCAUAUCGGGCGCGACCCCUCCGCUUGGGGUCCAGUCUCUUCGAUCUCCGAGCUGGUCAAGCCUCCCUCCCUCUCAUCAAGACCAGUACAAUGCGUCCCAUUUCCCUGCUGAUCAUGGACGUGCCUCGCUGGAUCUUGGGUCGGAUCCUCGACUGAUCUCUUCAACCAUGGGUUAUGACUACCCACGCGUAAUGCCUUCCUCUACGCCAUCCGAUACUACCAAUGGGGCCAUCACCAUGGCCGACUGGGAAUACGUGCUAAGCGAUAUGGACCGAGGAUACUCGAACAUCUUCACCGGCAUCUAUGGUGGCAAAGAGUGCGGCGAAGACUCUGGCCCAUUCGCCUCGAUUACGGCCGAGUAUGCGCAAAAACAAGAGGAUGGAACAUUGUCGAUUCCCCCUCCUGCUACCGACUUGCAAGACCUGUCCCCCGAGGCAUGGUCAGCAAGCAGUGGUGAUUUGGCUUCGACGCAGGAACAUGCCGCACAGAGCGUCAUGAGCUACUCCGGCGAAAGCAUGGGCAGCGCCGAGGAAACCCACUUUAAUUCCUUCGCUGAUACUUCGGUGCGCCCGGAUGAUAUCGGCUUGAUGGAUCCCUUCCAGGCACUCCCCAUGCCGGCCGAGGACGGGAUCGACGAAUUUGCCCUAGUUAAUGGCUGGGAUCGGCGGCUGGCCGUCUGA